AUGAGGGCCUAUGUCCUUCUGGCAUCCAUUCUGGCCAUCCGCCAAGUUGGCGCCGAUGCUUGUGCACAUGAUGGCUGCUUCAAGCAGAUGCUGGAGAAGGCCGACACGGCCACACCACUGUGCGCAAAGCUCGUCCCCGGGAAUUUUCGAGACCCCGUUCAGAUCCCGGCCGAGCUGGCAGGCUGCGGAGAGAACUUGGAAAUCCUCCACUACGACCCCGGCAUCUGUAUCGGCUACUACAACUUCCAGCUCAUCGUCUACUUCAACAUCAACCUCAACUUCGUCUUUAUCAACGUCGACCACAGCGUCAGAAACCAGAUCUACCAGCAGCUUCGGGACGACCUCAACAACAACAGCUGCUCCGCAAACAACAAACGGACCGAGCGCCUCAACGCACUGGAUCACCUCCACAAUCGUCAGGACAGAGUAUUUGACCAUGACUUUGUGUCCCAGGGAAAGCCCGGCUUGUCCCUACGGAUCACGCACAACCUCAACAAGCUCUCAAACAACCACAGCCACACCGACUUCUGGCUCAUCUUCAAGCACCUCCUCCACUUCUUCAAGCACAUCUACCUCUUCCAGCAGCAGCUCCAGCUCAUCUUCGACAACCACCUCUUCUUCUUCUUCUUCCACAAUGACCUAUUCAAUGACAACCACCUCCUCAGCUAG